AUGUCUCCCGGAAUGACCCUCUUCUCCGUCCAAGCUGUCCUCGUUCUCAGCACCGAGGAUGGCUCGCGCAUCUUUGCCAAGUACUACUCUCCGCCACACAGCGCAGGGACCGGCGGCGCAAGCACAUCGACGAAUCCUUACCCUGACGUCAAGGCUCAAAAGGCUUUCGAGAAGGGCCUGAUUGAUAAGACGGCCAAGCAGACGGGCGACAUCAUCCUCUACGACAACCGCAUCGUGCUGUACAAGCUGGAGUCGGACGUCAUGCUCUAUGUCGUCGGUAGCCUCGAGGAGAACGAGAUUCUGCUAUACAACACGGUCCUUGCCCUGCGCGACUCGCUGCAUCUCCUCUUCAAGCAAUCCGUGGACAAGAGAACAAUUGUCGAAAACUACGACCUCGUCACCCUCGCAAUUGACGAAAUCGUCGACGAUGGCAUCGUCCUCGAGACAGACCCCACCAUCAUUGUCCAGCGAGUCAGCAGAGCGCCAACACAAGAUGCGCCCAUGGGCCGCAUCGACCUCAGCGAACAGGGCGUCAACAAUCUGGCACAGCUAGGAAAGUCGAAACUCGCAGAUUGGUUACGGCAGGGCCUAUAG